AUGACUACUGUAGAAAGUGCCCCCACUGGCCUGUCAUCAGGUGCUACUGAAGGUGCUUCACUUAAAGAGCAAAUUCUCGAGUGUGCCAGAAGAAACAACACGGAAUUACUUCUUUCCAUCAAAGCCGAGCUCGAUAACGACCAUGAAAAGUUGGCCGAUUUGAUCAACAACACCAGUGAGUUGAUUACAGGCAACACCUCUAUGCAUAUUGCAUGUGCCCGAGGCAACUGGGAGUUUAUAGACAUCGUGUUGGACAUAGAAGGUGUAGAAAUCGAUCCCAAGAACCGAGAAGGUGAUACACCUUUGCACUUGGCUGUGAAAUAUACAGCCGAAGAACCAGAACACGGUUAUUUUGUUAUUGACAACUUGUUAGAUGCUGGUUCAGACCCUCGUAUCUCCGACAAACACAACUUGAGACCCAUUGACUACGUUUCCAAGGAUGACACCAAGUUGAGAGAUCUUUUGGAAAGUGCAGGUUAUGCCAUUUCCAUGGAGAUUCCUGAAGAAGAGCAAUUGAACACAACCAAUCCAGAAACUGCUGCAUCA